AUGUCGGACGAGACCGCCCCCCUCCUCGAUGACCGCAACAUCCCCAACCUCGCGCGCACCGGCAAUGGCCACGACGAGAUCGCCGCCGCCAUAAACCGUGUGCAGGCCGCCGCGAACCGCCGCGCGUGGAUCUAUGCCGUCCUCACCGCCGUGUUCGUCGUCGCGCUCGUGAGCAUGCUUUUCUUCUGGGACAAGGUCGGGUCCGUGGGCCGCCUCCCCUCCGACCCCCAUGAAGCCGCGCUUGUCAUCAUGAAGGGCGCGCCUGUAAUCGAUGGGCACAUUGAUCUUCCGGGUAUGGCACGGUGGAUCGAGGCGAACAACGUCUCUGCCAUCGACCUCAGCAAGCCAUGGAUCGGACAUGUUGAUAUCCCAAGGCUCAGGGAGGGUCAUGUCGGCGGCUUCUUCUGGUCCACCUAUGUCGACUGCCCCGCGCCCGGCACCGAAGGCAAGGAUUUCCUGAACUCCACUUGGCGUGUUCGCGACACCUUGGAGCAGAUUGACGUUUCCAAGCUGCUCAUUCAGAAGCACUCUGACACCUUCGAAUAUGCUACCACUGCUGAGGGCAUGAAGACGGCUAUGAGCAGAGGCAAGAUUGCCUCUGUCCUGGGUAUUGAGGGUGGUCACCAGCUUGGUAAUUCGAUCCAGGUCCUCCGAAUGGUGUACGAGCUCGGUGUCCGCUACGUCACGCUCACCCACACCUGCCACAACGCCUUUGCCGACUCAUGUGGCUUCGUGAAGGACUUCGAGCCCUACUGGGGCGGUCUCAGUCCCCUCGGCCUGUCGCUCAUCGACGAGAUGAACCGGAUCGGUAUGCUCGUGGACCUCAGCCACACCUCAGACGACACCGCGCGCCAGGCUCUCAAGCACUCGAAGGCUCCUGUUAUGUGGAGCCACUCAUCCUCCCGUGCAGUCUACGACCACGCGCGCAACGUCCCCGAUGAUGUGCUCAAACUUGUCGGUUUCGGCAGGGACCAGAAGGACGCUGUCAUUAUGGUCAACUUCUACCCUGAGUUUGUGAAGGGCAAGACGGCCACCGUUCAGGAUAUUGCGGACCACGUCGAUCAUAUUGCGAACGUCACCGGCCGCUCGCACGUUGGCAUUGGCAGUGACUACGACGGUAUCGGUUCCGUGCCUGAGGGACUAGAAGACGUUUCCAAAUACCCGAAUUUGAUCGCGGAGUUGUACUCGCGUGGCUGGACAGCCUACGAGCUUGCCGGUCUGACCGGCGGGAACUUCUUGCGAGUCAUGGCGGGCGCGGAGAGGGUUGCUGCGGCGCUUCAGAAGGCGAAUAUGCCUCCGAUUACAGCCGUGUACGAUAAGAGGACGGACAUGAAUCGCUCUUUCUGA